AUGUCUUCCUUUUCUUCUACCUCUUCCACAUCUCCCUCCUCUCCUGCUUCUUCUCGUUCAAAACUUGAUUCGUUUGUUGCCGAACUUAUUUCAAAAAAUGCACAAGAAAAGCAAAACGAGUAUCGUAUUCGUGGAGCAGCUGCAUAUCUUAACAAGAAAAGAACCCCAUCACGCACGGACAAGGGUUUCUUGCACAACAUCCUGCAGCGAGUUGACUCCCAUAAUGAGUACAAACUGAAGCAAAGAAGAGUUCGAAUAUUGGAGCGCCACAAAGAGAGAGAAAAUGCUGUAAUGGAUCACAGUGAUCCUCUGCGUCUUUCUCGACCAGCAGACGUUCCUUACAAAAGUCGUCGGCGAGAACAAUUAAGUGAUAGUUCUUGCCCUCCGAAUCACGACAAAUGGGUUCACAAAGAGAGUGGACUUAGAAGUCAUAGGAGCGAUAGGGAUUCGGAAAGACACAAAAAGGACAAGCAAACCAGAAGAGAACGGUAA